CAUUGACUAAUUCGUAUGAUACUACCUAUUGUUACUACGUUAACCGCGGAACACGUUGGGAGAUUUCACCGUAAAACAAAAAAAAUCGUAAAUCUUCAUGAAAGAUACGCAGCCAACAAUAAACCUUCAGCCAAGAGCACCAAAGCAUCGAAAAAACGGACCACCGCACCGAAAGAACCGGAGGCCGAUGAUGUCGUCAAACCGUUGGAUGGGGUGACCCAGCGAAAAAAGUCGAAAGCGGAUGGUGCACCAGCCGCGAAGAAACCCAAGGCCGAAAAGAAAACGGCUACUCCGAAAGUGAACAAGUCAGCUACCGAUUAUUCCAAGCUGAGCUUCGACCUCCCAGAGAAAGAGUUCAAUUUCAAAAUAUCCAGCUGGAAUGUGGCAGGCCUGCGCAGCUGGGUCGGAAAAGCCGGACUUGAGUUCUUCGAGCACGAGAAUCCCGAUAUCAUGUGCAUACAGGAAACCAAGUGCACCGACGAUCAGCUGCCGGAGGAAGCCCGUCACAUCAAAGGCUACCAUCCGUACUGGCUGUGCAAUCCGGGUGGCUACGCUGGGGUGGCCAUUUAUUCCAAGAAAAUGCCGAUUAAUGUUACGUAUGGGUUAGGAGAUGCCGAGCAGGAUGCUGACGGUCGACUGCUGACGGCGGAGUACGAGAAGUUCUUCUUGGUCUGUGUAUACGUACCCAAUGCAGGGCGUCAGUUGGUAACCCUUCCGAAAAGAAUGCGAUGGGACGAAAAGUUCCAUCAGUACCUGAAGGAUCUGGAUAAUAAAAAGCCGGUAAUCUUGUGCGGCGACAUGAAUGUGGCCCACGAGGAAAUAGAUCUGGCAAAUCCGAAAACAAACAAGAAGAAUGCCGGCUUCACGAAGGAAGAACGAGACGGAAUGACCAAGCUGCUUUCGUUGGGCUUUGUCGAUACAUUCCGUCGGCGGUACCCAGAUCGGAAAGGAGCGUACACCUUCUGGACUUAUAUGGGUAAUGCGAGGUCGAAGAACGUGGGCUGGCGUUUGGAUUAUUUCCUAACAUCCGAGCGGCUCGACGGUAAGGUGGUGGACAAUGUGAUUCGCUCCGAAGUAUAUGGUAGCGAUCAUUGCCCGUUAACGCUGUUUCUCAAAAUUUAAGUGACCUACCUACAACCUAUGUUUUAUGUUUGAAUUGGAUUUCGAUUAUAUUGUACCUUGCAAGUUUAUAUGGAAGUGGCUCGAAAACAGGUAGGAUGUUACAUAUGGUGACCACUUUGUGUUUUAGUUUUAGGAUACCGUCUUUGGACUUAUUUAACCUACACGUAUUAAUCAAUAAAAUUAUACAAAGCACAUG